CUUAAGUUUCCACAGCAUUAAGCCGCAACACCACACUUCUGUUCUAUUGUUCAGGUCUCACCCGGGCUCCCCAUUCCUCAGAGCUGGUUAGAUUAUCUCGUACACUACUCAGAAGAUGAAGGGAAAUAUACACUGACACAAUCUUCCUUUUGGCCAUGAUUUCAAUUAAGAGAGGAUCAACCUUGCUCUGAGUGCUGCGUCAUGCAACCUCUGACGUCAUAAACUUGCUAUGCCCCUGCACAAGGAGAAAAACCUUACCACAGAAAUAUACCUCAGUAAUGAAACAAGACUUAUUUCGUUGAAAGAAUGAUAUAGUUCCUGAUAAUAUUUAUAUAAAAAUCUUAGCUUUUAAUAUAUACAAAAAAUCUUAGCUUGACACUGAGCCUUUACUAGGUUAUAUGUCAUUUAAGUUAUUUUCGCAGAUACUUGUCUAUUUCUGGCGACCUCAGUUUGAAACUGAGCCAGCUUUUUCGCAGUUCUCUGCUUUCAUGGUAUUUUUAAAUCCCUCAUCUCUGCAAAAUAUAGCAACGUUUCAUAUCACUGACCUUCGAUUUCACCGCCAAUGUCAAGAUCAUUAAGCCCAAACAAACAGGAUGGAGCUGAAGGAGGAACCACUAAAUGGGACUGGGCUCAGUUCCAAAGCCAAAACAAUCUUCCUGCUUUGGUCAGCUUUAUCGAAGAGGAACGUUUGGGCGCGCGGAUCAAUCCACAGGGGUCUACCGUCAAAAGAAUGAGUUAUUUAACUUUUAUUCAUCUUGUCCUCAAAAGAAAGUGAUUAACAUUUCUUUUAUGUAAAAAAGGAGAAAAACAUUAAUUCAAUCCCUAUUAAUGAGGACCUCUUGUCUUCGUAGUUCUGAAACUCAUUAUCCGUUUUGUGUUCUUAAAAGUGUUAUAACGACCUUUCCAGAUUUUAUUCUUAUUCGAAGAAAGUUACUUAGCUAAGAUCAUGCACGCUAUAGCUGAGAUCAGAGAGGCACUUCACUAAACUUAGCUGUACUGGCGCUUUCUUUCAAAGCUUUCAUUCGUCCCUAAGCCCUCGCAGCCGAUCAAAAUACCAUCUCUUAUGUUAAUGUAUCAUGAUGUUUGUAAAACUUCUUCGCUGCUUCUUGUUGCUGCGUUGUUGUUUGCUUUCAAAUGUUAGGAAUGUUUUGCUUCUUUAGCCGUUAGAGUUUCCGUCAGCACAAAAUGCAAUUCAUUUCCACCUGAGUAACAUUCAUAGUUGUCAAGUUUUUGGCAGCUGCAGGUGCCAAGGCUCAUGCCAACUUUGUACGCAGAGCGAAAGGUAGGCAUCUACGGCCGGCUACACUUACCAUUUAGUGUAUUUACUUAGUAAGCUUGCAAAGUCCUGUAUCCGUUACAACUGCAUGGCCAAUUCGGCAUAACAUUUUUCUAAAGAUUUCAUAAGAAACUCUUCGAGCUUUUGCUUGUUGUUGCUUUAUUUAGGCAUGAAGUUGUUUUUUCAUCACUCAUCGAAGAUCUGUCCUAGCUUGAGGACAAAGUUUACUGUUUGUUUUUCGUGUCUAACUAUCUUUAACGCAUGAUAUUUUCCUUAAUAGCAUUUCAAAUAUUUUUCCUCACACCCUGUGAAUUUUAAAUCUCCCAUUAGUAACUAAAAGGAUCUCAAGAGUUUCUCACCCUGAGACUGGAUGUGAUGUAACAGAAUUACUUAUCCGCCAAACUCUUUUUAUUUGCAAUCACACUUAGUGCAAAUUAGCAUCAUCCUAGCUAUUUUCCAGAACUCCCCCUCCCUACCCCGACAGCGAUGACUCCAAGUCCGUGGGGGGAGGAUGUCAAGAUCUCAGCUGACAUGAUAGAUUUGCAUAUUUCAGUUUGUUUCUCUGUCGAAGGCCAUCCCUAUUUGUGUUCGUAUAUUUUUACAAUUCGCUUCCCUCGUUACGCAUGUAUUUUCUUAAACCCAUGACCUUAGUCAUGAUCUUGGUGUUCAAUUUACAAAAUCAUUGAAAUUUGAACCAGCAUUAGUGACCUAUUUGUUUCCAGCGAAAGUACAAGUAGUUUGAGUAUGCAUGACCACAAUGCGAAGAAUUUGCUAAAAAUAGGUUAGAUGUUCAACUGGCUGUCCUUUUACAUCAAACCUAAAACACGGAAAGCCUCACAGCCACUUAGACGACACCAAAUGAUGUCACGUGUAGCUAUAGAUCACGUGAUAUACGCUCGGAAAAAAAGAGAGCUCGCAUUCAACGUACAUAUUCUCUUCAUGUGCCAAAGGUUAGAGCCGCUGAAUUUAAGUGCUUUCGCCCUGGAUAUCCCUGAAUUCCCUUUGAUGACGAGGAAGCAGAACACUUGUCAGAUAGGGUAGUGGUUGAGGUCCUGUUGUACCGAUAGCUCUUAAAAUGACUCGAAGACGCUAAAGAGAUGAUUUAGUUAGGUGAUCAACACCGGGGAAACCUCGAAAAGCAGGCUGUCUCUCUUUGGAUAGUGAAAUGGCUGGCGAGGAAAGGUCUGGGUACUCUAUCAGCACAGAUCCAGAGUCCAUGAGCGUCGAAUUAAAACCCUCGUUCGCUGCGGUUAAAAAAGAGAGGUCUUUUUCACAGGUUGAUACACGCUCGAAAAAAGGUUGUAUUCCCUUGCUUUUUGAGCGAGCUUCUUCUCAAUGGUGGAAGCCAUCAUUUGAUUCGAAAAUUUUGGAAGAAGAGUUUCAGCGUUUCACUUCUCACAACCAAAGGCGUCUCGUCCACGCUCUCGUAUUUGUAUGCUUCGUUUGUGUCAUCUGGGGGAUAUUUUUUGCGGUUCGUAAGCGUGAAUGCUAUCAGAUCUUAGUAGGAGAUGGCGUUUUUUUGUUGUUGGUGAUCUCUCUAAUACUGUUUACUAAAUUCAGCAGAUAGUACAAGAAAUGUGCAUCAUUUGUUUCGUUGCUCGCAUCUGUUUUACUGAUCGCCAUGGAACUUUGCCUUUUCGCUUUGCCAACAGCUCUCUCGAACCCGGCUCGAUUCUGUAUGUGUACAUGUGUUAUCAUGCUGAUUUAUACCAUGAUCCACUCGCUUCAUUUGUACAUCUGCAUAUUAAUGACAGUGGCUUUUUCUGUCGCUCACGAAGUUCUCUCCGACGUGAUCACUGACGGAGAGGGAAGAGACAGCCGGCCCAAGGAUAUCAUCUGUCGUUUAAUUUUGCACAUGUGCAUUCAUCUGUUUGGAAUCCAAAUAUUUUUCAUGGCCCAAGUGCGAGAGAGAAGCACUUUCUGGAAGGUUGGUCAAUGCGUCGUUGCUCGUCUCGACUUGGAGAUUGAAAAACAGGUGAAAGAACAGAUGAUCCGAUCAGUAAUGCCGGAUUUAGUGGCCAAAGAGCUGCUUAAUGUGGUCGAAGAAGUGGAGGAAGAUCCGAAAGACAGUUCAAACGGUAAGAAAAAACGACGAAACAAAGGCCAGAUGGUCUUCCGGCCGUUUCAGAUGCAUCGCAUGGAGAAUGUCAGCAUUCUUUUCGCCGAUAUCGUUGGCUUCACCAACAUGUCUUCCGAUAAGUCUGCAGAGCAAUUAGUGAGGCUCUUGAACGAUCUUUUUGGGCGCUUUGAUCGCCUCACAGAUAUCAAUAACUGUGAGAAAAUCAGCACCCUUGGUGAUUGUUAUUAUUGUGUGGCAGGAUGCCCUGAAGCGACAGCCUAUCAUGCAGUUAAUUGUGUGGAGAUGGGACUGGACAUGUUGGAACAAAUCAAAGAAUUUGACGAGGACACCAAGAAUGAGGUUGACAUGAGAGUGGGCGUUCAUACAGGGACUGUUCUUUGUGGCAUUGUUGGUUCGCUACGCUUCAAAUUUGAUGUUUGGUCCAAUGAUGUAAACUUAGCAAACCGCAUGGAAACAGCUGGUCUCCCUGGACGUGUGCAUAUCACUGCAACGACGCUCGACUUUCUUUAUGGUCACUAUAUUGUGGAAGAUGGUAAUGCUAGUUCACGUUAUCAAGGCUUGGAAGGUAUUAAGACCUACUUCAUUGUUGGUCGUAAGAAUGGUAUGAAGAAACCAAUGCAUCUGCUUCACCCAAGUGGACGAAAAAAGAAACCAGCAAACCUCAACUCCAUUAAUGUCAGCAUGAAUGAGAAUGCUUCUCAUUACAGUAGUCCACAGGAAAACAAGAAGCAUGUCAAGAUCUCUGAACAGGUUACUUCCUCAGAUGUGAUGGUUAACUCUGAUUCUAACAUUUCCAGCCAAGGUGAGUCAAGCUCUGACAAUGGUCCCAAAAUCCUGAAAGGCAACCUGAAAGUUAAGCAUGAGGCCAUUGAAAUGGACUACUGUAGUGGAACUUCAAUCCGAUCUGAUGAUGAUGAUGAAGAGUCAAAUAGAAGGAUGUCAGGGGAUCAACGCUCUCCACAAGUUUUGGGCUUGUCCCUGAAUGAAGCAUUAAUGAGAGAUGCUCUGCGAACAAACAAUGACCAGCAACUUGUAAAGUUGAUGAGUCAAGAGAGAACUAGUGAUGAGUACUUCCACAGGUCAAUGAACCCUUGCACACUACAGUUUCAUGACAGAGAAACUGAGAAACGAUAUCAGAAUGAAGGUCAGGACUGUACAUUGUUGAACCCUUCAGUGACAACAUUUGUAUCUCCCAGAGUGAACUUCUUUUUAGAUGUCUUGCUUUCCAACAUUAUUUAUGUAGUUAUAAUGUGUUUAGGCUUCCUGCUCUACAACAAACCUGUUCCAUUGGCAGUAAAGGUUCUGUCACCAAUUUCAAUUGUUAUUGAAAUAACAUUGUUCUGCUUGACAGUUGCCAGAGCAUUUCCACAUUUGUGUUCUGUAUGUAUACACAGAAUGGUAGGUUACAUUUGCGGCUGGUUCACAAACCAUCUUAUAGGAGCUCUUUUAAUGUGUCUUCCAAUGGGAACUCUCUUUGCAAACUUAGUGAACUGUGAGGUCCAUUCUACAAGGGAAAGAGAAUUCUACUCUUUAAUAUUUGCUGUCGCACUCUUACAUUUCUGCAAUUUCACUCAACUUACAUCUUGGAUGAAGACUGGACUGGCUGCUGCAUUUUUUAUUACAUACAUUAUUUUGCUCAAUUCUGACAAUUCUAACUUUUGUGCACCUCUGGCUGGAGGAAAUAAGAAUUACAGCACAGAAAUCAUGGUUUGCAUUGGGUUACUUCUGAUGUUUGUGUGGGUGUUAAAUCGUCAGUUGGAAAUGAGUGUACGACGUAAUUUCAAUGGAGAUGAGGAAGCUCCUAAAGACAAACGAAAAGCACAAAUGCACAAGGAACAGGCUGCAUGGUUACUGGAAAGCAUUUUCCCUAAACAUGUUGCAGAUGCUCUGAAACUGUCAAGCCAUUACUCAAGAAAUUAUGAAAAUGUUGGAGUAAUUUUUGCUUCAAUAGUAAACUUUUCUGACUUCUAUGAAGAGAACUUUGAAGGUGGAAAGGAAUGUAUUAGAGUUUUGAAUGAACUAGUUGGUGACUUUGAUGACCUUCUAACAGACAAAAGCCAGUUUAGCCAAGUAGAGAAAAUCAAGACAGUCAACGGCUCAACCUUUAUGGCUGGGGCUGGCCUUUACCCAGAAGGUUGCGCUAAAAAAGAUGCCCACCCUUAUGACCACUUGAAGCAACUUGUUGAAUUUGCUAUGGGAAUGAUCAAGGUUGUCGACAAAUUCAACGAACACAUGCUGGGAUUUGAGUUUCAUUUACGGAUAGGAUUUAAUGCUGGGGCAGUCACAGCAGGCGUUAUUGGUACAACAAAACUUCUCUAUGACAUAUGGGGAGACACAGUGAAUAUUGCAAGCAGAAUGGACUCUACUGGUGUGAAAGGUCGAAUACAGGUCAGCGAGGCAUCAAAGAAACUUCUUGAUGAAUUCUUCACAUUUGAACGUAGAGGAACCAUCCCCGUCAAAGGCAAAGGCCUUAUAACCACGUACCUACUCACUGGAAAAAGAACAGAUGCAAUUUUGGAAGCUGGUUCUUGCAAUUAUGAAGAAAUCAGGGAAACUGUCAUUGAUUAAGUAAGAGUAAAGUGGCAGGCAUGUUAUAGUAAUGUAUAUUAUUAUAUAUAUAUAUAUAUAUUAUAUAUGUAUAUGCACACAUACUAUUAUAUAUUAAAUGAUAUAGGCUAAUGACAAAUUAAAUUGAUGUUGUAAAGGAUUGAAAUUUUAAAGUAUGUGCUCUUCAUGUCAUAUUAGUAAGUGUGCAUUUAAAAUUAGAAUGGAAAAUAGUAAGAGUUCUAUUGGAAACAUUUUAACAAUACAUAAUAGAGAAAAUUUGAGAUAUAUUUGAUGCCAGGUAUAUUGCAAAUAUAAACAUAGUUAAAUAUUACCCUGCCAGAAGUGUUUCUAAGGAUACAGAACUCCAUACCAACUGAUUUGUUUUGGACUUGUAACAUAAAUGCAAAGUUUCCCAAACAGAUAUUUUAAAUAGUUGUAUGCCUGACUUGAAUUAAUUUUUUUAGAGUGGGUUUAGUGGAUGGGAAAAAGUUUUCAUUAUUGGUUGCAGUUGUUUGACAAAUUCCCAAAUGUUCCCAAAUUGUUUUUGGAUAAGAACCAGCCAUAGAUAGUAAUUAGUAUUAGCAUACUUGGGUUGAGUAGACUUAACAUUUUUCCAGUGACCCAUCCUGCUUUCUCAAGGUCCCAAUUUCAGUAUUUUCAAUUAGGUUUUUAUCACUGGUUUUCCAAAUUUCAUCAUCUUUUCACAGACGCAUUUGCUGUGGACAAUCUGGACGUGUGAUUUAAGAAAAAGGGAAAAUAAAUUGCUCUCUUGAUUUGUUCAA